AUGAAUUCAUCUAAAUCAUCUGAAUCACAAUGCACAGAGAGAGGAUGCUUCUCUUCCCAAAUGUUCUUAUGGACUGUUGCUGGGCUCCCCAUCCUAUUUCUCAGUGCCUGUUUCAUCACCAGAUGUGUUGUGACAUAUCGCAUCUUUCAAACCUGUGAUGAGAAAAAGUUUCAGCUACGUGAGAAUUUCACAGAGCUCUCCUGCUACAAUUAUGGAUCAGGUUCAGUCAAGAAUUGUUGUCCAUUGAACUGGGAAUAUUUUCAAUCCAGCUGCUACUUCUUUUCUACUGACACCAUUUCCUGGGCGUUAAGUUUAAAGAACUGCUCAGCCAUGGGGGCUCACCUGGUGAUUAUCAACUCACAGGAGGAGCAGGAAUUCCUUGCCUACAAGAAACCUAAAAUGAGAGAGUUUUUUAUUGGACUGUCAGACCAGGUUGUCGAGGCUCAGUGGCAGUGGGUGGAUGGCACACCUUUGACAAAGUCUCUGAGCUUCUGGGAUGCAGGGGAGCCCAACAACAUAGCUACCCUGGAGGACUGUGCCACCAUGAGGGACUCUUCAAACCCAAGGCAAAAUUGGAAUGAUGUAACCUGUUUCCUCAAUUAUUUUCGGAUUUGUGAAAUGGUAGGAAUAAAUCUUUUGAACAAAUGAAAAUCUCUUUAAGAACAGAAGGCACAACUUAAAUGUAUAAAGAAGGAAGAACAAGAACAUGGCC